AUGACGUUCCUGCUUCGAUCGCAGACCUUUAAGCCCCUUCUUCAGCGCCGCCUGUGUACCCACGCUCUCCCUACUCUCCUCACAGACACGGAACGUGUCGAAGCGCUGCAAAAAAUUACCAGUGCCUGGAAAGUGGUGCCUAAUCGCGAUGCCAUUUGUCGCAGUUUUGAGUUCCGCGAUUUCAACGAGGCUUGGGGCUUUAUGAACCGGACAGCGCUACUGGCUGAGCAAAUGGGCCAUCAUCCAGAGUGGUUCAACGUAUACAACCAUGUAGACGUGACACUGAGCACCCAUGACUGUGGCGGCCUCUCUAAGAAUGAUAUUGAGAUGGCUAUUGCUAUGAAUAGCUACGCCCAGACGGUGUAA